GUGCAGGUCGCGCCGUCUCGCCCCCGUAUAUACCUGUGCCCCGUCCUCUGGUGACGAUGCUGUCCGUAUGGUCGAAUCAACUGCCACGGCCCGGCUGGCCUGGCUGGCCUGGCCCGCCUAGGGGUGGUUAGUCUCUGUUCGCAGGCAUGCAGGCAUGAUGUGCCAGUCUGGUGCGUCUUCUCCAGACAAACCGACAAACCACCACAGGCCAAGGGUCCUCCUGGGGCCGAGGCGAAUCACAAGCUGGGACGGCCGGGCGGGCUGCGAUAAUUCGGCAGGGACGCGGACAAGAAACAGCCAUGAUACUCCCAAGAGCCCAUGAUCGCCCGUCUUGGCUCCUCGUUCCGAUCUAGUAGCCCACCCAGGCAGUCAGGCUGCUGCGUGCUGGUGUCAACUCGUCGCUUCCGUGGCCGUGGCCGUGGCCGUGGGCAACCGCCCGCCCGCAAAGGAGGUGCUACCAAAGUGCUACCGACAUGCUACGCAAUGGGAGGGGGCAGGUGCUUGGCCGUCCAUUGUGUCCUGUGUCUCUCCCUAGUCCUUCCUUGAAGCUUUUGUGCAAUCAAGCCUAGCACCCGUCCAUCCUGGGAAGCUGCUCGAGUACAAAGACACUGCCUCGCCCGCACGUCUCGACACACCUCGUCCUGCUGGCUCCUCUUUCAAACUCGUCCCAGUUCCUAGACCUCUCAUCCAAACUCAGAUCUCUAGUCUCCAGAAACCAAUCCAGAUCGACUCUCAAGUUCCUCCAGAGACGUUCAGAAUCCACACUUGAUAUCAUCACCUAAGAAUUCCAAACAUCAUGACAGACCAGAACCAGACAGCGACCCAGGAGGCCCCCGGCCUCGCGGGCCUGCAGAACCCCUUUGCCUCGUCCACUGCACCCGCCGGCGCAGACCCCGACGUCCUGUCGUCAUCGCCCACCGACAGGCGGCAGAGCGCCGAGUGGGACGCGUCAAAGGUGCCGCCCAGCCGCUUCCAGCGCCGCAAGGGCUCCAUCUACAGCACUCCCGCCUCCCGCGACGGCCACGUGGACAGGAAUUACGCCGAAAAGUAUCACGACAAGCUUGUCGAGAAGGGCUGGGCGCCGUCGGCCAAGAAAUAGGGCCGCCGACGACUGUGAGGCGCAGCAGCACACUUCUCGUCAGCAUUUGAGCUGAGCGCCUCGCGUGUGCAUCAUUUUGCUUGGGUUGGCGAAUGCUAAGGGCGUUGUGUUGUGGCAAUGGCAGGACGGGCUGGGCGGGUGGAGGGUUCCCAUGAGUUGUUAAUUCUUUAGGCACAUCAGCCGAACUUUCUUGAUACAGCCACGCUGUGCAGAGUGCAGGGUCUCGAAAGACUUGUCCGCGCCUAGUUGUGGCAAAGAGCUCCCAUGUUGAAAUCAAUUCGAACCGUCCAUUAGAGCCUGCUCGCAUGCUUGUUGUGCUGUGCAAGCCUACCUGACUGGAAGUCCAGCACUUGUGGGGAUCCCCACCGCUCUUGAGAGAGCAAGCGCCGUCCGUCUAUAAUGCCACAUAUCAAUCAUCCAUAUCGUCAAUGUCAAUCGCAUCCGGGUUCGCGGCGACCCCCUGCGGCUCCGGUGCACCUCGCGGGUUGUCAGUGGCAGCCACGAACCCAACGGGCGCCUGAGCUUGCUUCUCCAAUGCCGCCAUGGCGUCCAUAACCUCCUGAUCCGCCUCGCCGUCGCCCUGCGCCUGGGCUUGGGCCUGGCGGGCAAUGGCUUGAGAGGCGAUGAAGUUGACGUCCGUGUUGUACUGCGCCUGGACACUACGCUUGAUCCUCCGCAUCUCCUUGUACGUGUCGUCGUUGCCGUGCUGCACCUCAAACUGCUCCCACUUGGUCCAGAAUUCGGGGUUGGUGCGAGGGUCGCAAAAUUGGGAGGCGUGACCAUAGAUUGCGCGAGCUCUGUCGAUCUCGCCGAGCCGCUUCUCCAUGUCUGCGAAUUUCAGGCACAUGUCGCGCGCCUCUUGGUCUGGAAGGGCCGCAAUGGCGCGUUCGUAGAUGGGUCUUGUCGAGGGCAGCCCAAAGUUGGAUGCGGACUUGGUGAUGUAGAAGUUGAACAUGUCUGCACGGUCCUCGUCAGAUACCGCUCGCGUUGCUCUUUCGUAAAUCCGCAUUGCAUGGCGUGCCAGGCCCCUUUCCUCUUCCAGGUUGCCGUACAUCAAAUACAGCACCUUGGCGAAUUUAGGCGGGCAGUCUUCGAUGGCCUGCUCAAAGAGAUCGCGCAGUCGUUCUAUGCCAAUCUGACGGUCCACGGCCUUGGUGAGAUACAGGUUCCACAGUUCAAAGGCCACCGGGUAGCUGAAGAGGUCCAGACCGCGCUCGAAAAUCUUGAAUGACUCUUCGUAGUAGUUGUUCUCCUCCAAAAGGUUCGCGUAAUUGACGACUGUCUGCGGCGUUGCGAUUCGAAGCUCGAAUAUCCUCUCGUAGACCUUCUUCGUUUCUUCCAGAGAGCUGACGCUCUCCACCAAGUCAACGUAGAAACUCCACAAUUUCCAGCUCUUGUGUACUCGCUGUUGCGGGGACAGCGUCUCGUCAAAGUAGUCGACGGUUGACCGUUUCGGCGCCUGUACUGCUUUCGCCAUAAUCUUGACAGCUUCAUCGAAAUUCUCGUUGCGAAGCUCCAUCUCCGCCCACUCGAUCCACAUGUCGGCCAGCUCAGCCACGGACUUGAAAGGUACCUUGACGGCCUUCUCCAUGAUAAUGCGGGCGUUCCGGAGGUCACCCCCUUUCUCGUAAAGCUUGGCGUAAUUUGCCCACAACUGGUGGAAGGCGCCGACCGCCUUCUUCGGCUGUAUCGCCGCAAUCGCGUCCGUGUAGGUCUGGACGACCUGUUCCUUGUUGUCACCCCAGAGCGCCACUCGCUUUUCCCAUUCGUUGACGUUGUUUGGAUUCUGCCGCAGUAGAACAUCGUUGAGCAAGAAAGGCCGCCGGUCCAUCAGGUGCUCGAAUCGCAUCAUGCGGAUAUCGAGGUCGAAAUCGGCAUUCUCGUCGGCCACUCCUUUCUCGGCUCGGCCCUGCGCCACUUCCAUGAGAGCUCCUAUUAUCGACUCCUCAAACUCCGCAUACGAGUCGAACACGAGGGUGAAGUCACGGACCGUCAUGACCGUAGUAACGCCCUCCUCAAAGACGUCCCUAGCUCGCUCAAAGCUCCCCUUUCUUAUGAAGUAUGUGGCUAGUCCAACCCACAACUUCCCCCUCUGAUCCGAGAACCGCUCGAUCCCACUUCGGAUGAUCCGCUCCACAUCGAUGCCUGUCUCAUGGCCUGUCUUGACCUUCGUGGCGUGCUCGACCAUCAAGUCGACCAUCUCACUCCAAAGCUCGUAGUUGCCCUUGCCAUGUUUGCUGUGGAAGCGCGGGUUGUUGAGUACAAAGAUGUACUUUUCAAUCGCCUCUGUGUAUAAGCCCUCCUGUACUAGAAGCUCGAUAAAGUCUUCGGCGUCCUCGGGGUGGACCUGCAUGUAGCGCCUCCAGAUCUUGACGGCCGUGAUCCCGCCAGCCGAGUUCGCAAAUGGCCUAUAGAGUGCCCAUAUCCUGUUGUGUUGGGUAAUCGGCAGGGCACGCAGGGCACGGUCAAAAGCGUGUCGGGUGAGGGUAACGAGAGGCUGCUGCAUUAGGAAUUUGAGGUACAUCUCCCAUAUCCUGGGCAUCUUGUUGAGCAGGAUCAAAGCCCUCUCAAACAGCGCGUUCACCUUGCGGUAUUCGGCGGCGAAGACAGCAGCGUUCAACUUUGCGACGUGUUUGACCCGCAAAGUGAGGUAGGAUUUCCACAGCUUGUACGAGCGCGGGAGUUGGAUGCACGCGCGCUCCAGGACAAACGCUUGCUCCUGAACGGUCCCGUGCUGAAACUUGAACUCCAGGUAUGCGAACCAUGGCUUUGUGCUCCCAGGGUUCCGCUGGAUGUCCUGCUCGUAUACGAAAUCGUCAUCCGAGACGAGUGUGAUGUCAGGCUGGCGUGCGACGCCAUUCCUGGCGAGCGCGGUCGUCGAUGGCAUGGCGGGCAUCACGAUCUCGGCCGCGUGACCAGCCAAGGGGCGCGAGGACAAUACGGCGUGUUAGACUGGUUCCCGGGUCAGGACAUCACUGCCACCGCGUCCCAGCCGAGAAGAGGUGAGGAGGUGGUGCUGUCGUGGGUUUGGGAGCGACGUUGUGAGCGUAGAUUACAGUGUUGCUUUUU